GCGCUGCUAUCCCAGUCUGUCCGUUCAAUUUCCAAUAGUGCUUCUUAGUGCUGUCAAGCACUGCCUCCAUCCAACUUCACCACCAUUCACAUACACAUUUGAAUGUCUGCUUCUGCCUUCUGGUUCUACAUAAUUGUGAAUGCUUAUGUUGCUUCGGGAAUCCACCAACUCCUUCUUCUGCUUGGGCCCAGAGUCAUACUGAGUUUAUAUAAGAUACAAGCAAACAGACCCAAACAGAUAGCAAAAUUCGAUAUCCAUAUCAUUCGUACCACGCCCUGGAUCAAGCCACUUGACAUCCUUCUACAUAUUUAAUAAGACUGCAAUUGGAUCUCAUCAGAUUCACCGAGCACUUAACCACACAACAUGAUACCCUACUCAACAGCUCCAAAGAUGCUCCAGUCUUCCAUCCUCCUCCUCCUGGCCCUCAGUCUAGCUUGCGUCAACGCCUACGAAUGUCCCGAGGAGAACAAGGAAGAGGUCGACCGGGAUGGGUUCUUCCACGAGGGAUUCCACGUAGGAUGGGACAUGCACCACGUCGGCUGGGCCGCUGCAGGUGUCAUGGCCUCCAUCGCCACCAUCGCCAGUCUGGCCAACAUAUACAUGCAUUGCAAGAACUAUAAUAAGCCCCUCGAGCAGCGCCAGAUCGUCCGCAUCCUCCUCAUGCCAGCCAUCUACUCCAUCAGCUCAUUCUUCGCAUACCGAUACUACCGCCAUUACGUCUACUUUGCUAUCAUCAGGGAUACAUACGAGGCCUUCGUCCUGGCCUCCUUCUUGAUCCUCUGUCUCCUCUACGUCGGUCGUUCCCCUCUCGAACAACAGGAAGUCAUGAAACAGAAGGAGAAAACUCCGCUGGUCUUCCCCUUUUGUUGCUUCCGUUAUCGGCCCUCUAAACCAUACUUCCUAGUUGCCACCAAAUGGAGCGUCUUACAAUACGUGAUCUUGCGACCGAUGAUCUCGGCAACCGCGUUGAUCACCGACACCCAGAAGGCUUUCUGCGCCUCCUCCUACAGUCCCCACUUCGCCAAUUUAUGGUUGACCAUUCUGAUUUUUAUCUCUGCAACCCUGGCACUCUAUGGACUCUUGAUCACCAAGCAUCUAGCCAAGGAGGACUUACAAGGGCACCGUCCGACGUGCAAGUUCAUGUCGAUCAAGAUUGCGGUCUUCUUGGUGUUCUAUCAGAGCUUCUUGCUCUCGUUCUUCGAUCAUUUGGGCUUCUUCCAAGCCACCGAAUAUUGGUCCAGAUCUAAUAUCGCAGACGGCGUCAAUGCGCUCGCGACGACGGUCGAAAUGGCCAUCGUCGGCCUCUUCCAACUCUACGCUUUUCCUUAUACCGAAUAUCGCGCACUCAUUAAAGGUUCCGAAGCCAAUCGCCAGAAAUCGGUCUGGAAGAAUUUCUUGCACUCCCAAGAUUAUCGGGAUUUUGGCAGGGAUAUCUUGAUGGGUCUUGGGUUCUGGCUCGACCGAAUCCGCGGAGCUGAAUACACCAAAUCACGACAUGCGACGCCGCAGGGAGCGAACGGCUUAGAUUUUCAAGCGGCGUUUGGUCUGGAUCCGGCACAUGCAAGGAUCAGAGAUCACGAAUGGGUCCAAGCCCACGAGCGGCCCUCGAGUGGGACAACUCAGAAGGGAUGGGCCGACCACGAAGGAGGGCUAGAUGAUGUGUGGGAUUCGAAGCUAGGCGGUCAGAAACAAAGUCAAAGCUUCGAGACGUGCGCGGAGGAGCCGGCCUAUGAAUCCAUCAAGCUUGGCCAAGUCGAUCCGCAAUACCCCGACCCUUCAUCCUCACCUCCGUAUCGCUCUUCUCCUUUCGCCGAUCACCCCUCAGAUGGCCGAAUCCCGCGCUCCACUGACCUUGACACUCUCGUCCAUUCCUCCGCUUCCUCGCGUCAUAAACGGGUGGAUUCCGAGGGAAGCUCACAUUCCGCCGAUUCCCAACCCGGCGUCCUUCUCGGGCCUCCAUCCUCUGCUGACUACCCGCAUCAGGAAUUCCACACCAAGAAUUGAUUGCCACCCUAACUCUUUUAUCUUUUUAUACUCCCCCUCCUCCCUGUUGUCGAUACACAUACAUAGAUAUAUACUCUCUCCCCAUCACUCUGUCUCCUCCAUUUUUAUCAUUUCUGUUUCAUUGUAUUAGUUUCUCCCCUUUGGUUUCUUUGUUAUCCGUGAUCACGUGUGAUGUGUCUGUCUGUGUUCGCCAUUAUACAGGGAAUGUUUUUUUGUUUUGGUUUUUGUGCGGUCAACCUUUUUUACUGGUGUUGGAAAAAGCAUUUAUAAUCUAUCUAUAUAUAUCCGUAUACACA